AUGACAGAAUACGACGUUGAUUUUUUAAUAUCACUGAUUGAGGAGCGCCCUGUUCUUUGGGACAAUAGUAAUGAAGAUUAUAAAAACAAAUUCAUCAAACAAGAUGCUUGGAAGGACGUGUGUAAAAGUUUAUUUCCAAAUUUCGAGGAAAAAGAAAACAAUGAAAAAACUAAACUUGGUAAUUCAGUAUUACAAAGAUGGAGGGGGAUUAAGGAUACCUUUAAUAAAUUUGAAAAGAAACUCAAAGAUGCAAGUAGGUCAGGGUCUGGAUCCAAAAAUAUAAAAGAAUACCAUCUGUAUAAACAAUCACAAUUUCUUAAGAAAAAUUUGCAAAAUGAGACCACUACUAGUAUAAAUGAGUCAGAAAAUGAGCAAGAUAAUCAAGAAGGUACAUCUAAAACACGUUACCAAAGGCAGCCACCAAAAAGAAAGAUGGUUAAUAAUAAAUUUGAAGAUGAUAUUGUAAAGAUUUUAAAGGAACCUGAGAAUAGACACAUAUCUUUCUUUAAAGGUAUUCUACCAUCACUUGAAAGAUUAGAUGACAAUAAAACACUAAUCUUUCAGAGCAGAGUUCUUCAAAUUUUAACAGAAUUGCAUCAACCUCAUGGCUACUACCAUCCGAAUAGCAACUACCAGGGUGGCUAUCAAACUCAACAUUUUGCGACAUCUAAACAAACGCCACUGAUACGUCCACAGUCAUCUAACAUACCAGAUCAAAUUGAUUCACCCAGUAAUGAUUUUUCUAACUCAAGCAUAUUAAGCACACUUUCAACUGAAGAAGACUUUGAUUUUUCGUAA